CCGGCCCGCGCCUCUCUGCCGAGCUGCACCAGCAGCAGACCCCGCAGCCGCUGCGGCCGCCUGCGGCGCGCUCAGGGCGGACCAUGCGCCCUUCGAGCGCACAGCCUGCCGGCUGGCUGUACCUACUGGCAGGAGCCCUCGCCUGCGCCCUCGGACCCGCGGGCAGCCGGGCAGCCAGCCCACAGCAGGAGUGUGAGUACCUGCAGAUGAUUGAGAUACAGCGCCAGCAGUGCCUGGAGGAGGUCCAGUUAGAGAAUGAGACCACGGGUUGCAGAAAGAUGUGGGACAACCUCACCUGCUGGCCAACUACUCCUCGGGGCCAGGUGGUCAUCAUGGACUGCCCCCUCAUCUUCCGGCUCUUCUCCUCCGCUCAUGGACAUAACAUCAGCCGUAGCUGCACGGAAGAAGGCUGGUCACAACUGAAUCCGGGCUCCUACUACAUUGCCUGCGGACUGGAUGACAAUGCAUCUAGUCUGGAUGAGCAGAGACAGACCGAAUUCUACAGUGCCGUGAAGACGGGCUACACCAUCGGCUACAGCCUGUCCCUUGCCAGCCUUCUGGUUGCUAUGGCUAUCUUGAGCCUGUUCAGGAAGCUGCACUGCACACGGAACUACAUCCACAUGCACCUCUUCCUGUCCUUCAUCCUGAGGGCCACCGCCGUCUUCAUCAAGGACCUGGCUCUCUUCAGCAGCGCAGAGACGGACCACUGCUCUCAGGGCUCGGUAGGCUGCAAGGCGGCUGUGGUUUUCUUCCAGUACUGCAUCAUGGCCAACUUCUUCUGGCUGCUGGUAGAGGGCCUCUACCUGCACACCCUGCUGGCCGUGUCCUUCUUCUCCGAGCGGAAGUACUUCUGGGGGUACAUACUCAUCGGCUGGGGGGUGCCCAGUGUCUUCACCAUGGUGUGGACCAUUGUCAGGAUCCAUUUUGAGGAUUUUGGGUGCUGGGACACCAUCAACUCCUCGCUGUGGUGGAUCAUAAAGGCUCCCAUCCUCACCUCCAUCUUGGUGAACUUCACCCUGUUUAUCUGCAUCAUCCGAAUCCUGGUUCAGAAACUCCGGCCACCCGAUGUCGGGAAGAAUGACAGCAGCCCAUACUCGAGGCUGGCCAAGUCCACGCUUCUGCUGAUCCCCCUGUUUGGAGUUCACUACGUCAUGUUUGCCUUCUUCCCUGACAACUUUAAGGCCGAGGUGAAAAUGGUCUUCGAACUUGUCGUGGGGUCUUUCCAGGGUUUUGUGGUGGCCAUCCUCUAUUGUUUCCUCAAUGGCGAGGUGCAGGCAGAGCUACGGCGGAAGUGGCGGCGUUGGCAUCUGCAGGGCUUCCUGGGCUUGAGCUCCAAAUCGCAGCACCCGUGGGGAGGCAGCAACGGCGCCACGUGCAGCACGCAGGUGUCCAUGCUGACCCGCGUCAGCCCCAGCGCGCGCCGCUCCUCCAGCUUCCAAGCCGAGGUCUCCCUAGUCUGACCGCCAGAGGCCGCCAGGCCCCUUCGCACCCUCCCCACGCAGGCCCCCGGAGCCGAGGUCUGCAGCGGUGCCGCUAGCUCAAACCUUUGGUCUGUCUGGACACACUCCUUUGCUGCAGCCAGGACCCGGUCCAUGCGAGCUGGAGAGCAGGGAGAUCCAGCCCUGGAGGAUGCGGGGAGGGGCCAGCAUCAGACCCCGCCUCCAGAGGCCCCUCUGCCAGUCAUGCGCACAAAAUCUGCCUACACCUCCUGGCAAGCAACUGCCUGUUCUCAGCUUUGGGACUCUUGAGGGCAAAGAGCUUCUGCCCAGUUCGUGCCUAGAAUUCCACAGUGGCCCUCAAGUCGCUUUGGGUUAAGCGUUGCCAAUGAGAAUCCCUCCCUGAGGUACUGCUUUUAUCUGCCAGCAUCUCCGGGUGGGUGAGUUCCUCUACCUCAGACAGAUACAUGGUCGUGACCUGGAGUUUGGGUUUGGGGACCACAGCUGUGCUGUGAUCCUCACUCGGGAUAGAAUUGUCCCAGCGUCGGCUAUAUCCGCGGACCUGGGAAGGGAGACGAUGGUCCCAGCCAAUGCUCACCAAGUGGCUUUGUCUGUCACCAGCCUUAUGCACAACCAAAGCAAUAGCGAGCUGCCCGCCCUGGGAGCUCAUCUACAUGCCAACCACUGCAGCACGGGCCAGAGACGUGGGCCCACGGGCCCCUUGAUCCUGAGGUCAUCCUGAGGUCACAGGUAGGGAAACUGUCACUAAUGCCAACAUAAAGACUACCUUUUCACAUACCGUGGCCUGCUGGGAUCUCUUGGGGUUGAAUUACCAGAGAUGUUAUUGCCCUUACAGCCACACGGCUUCUAACCCAAGCUAGGGUGUCAGCAGGUCCCCGUCAGAACUGCACCAGGCUUGUAUGACAAUAACUAUUGGCUCUGACAGGCUUAGUUCCCCUGGCUGCUGUGUGUCACCCUGCUCCAAUGAGAGAUGGCUCACUAAAGCCAACACCCUUCUGGCUUUGGACAGGGCCCCCACAUUUCCAUGUGAGCCUUUGACUCACACCUGAGUGUGAAGAGUUUGUAGCCGGCCCCAUUGUGACCCUCACCCCCUAAAUCCAGCUGGAAGGAGACAGAUUCUGCCUUGGACCAAAGCAAAACAGCCAAUAGGCCAGUGAGAAACAGCGAGGUUUCACAAUUAAUCCUGAAAACACAGCAAACAGAAUGCAAAGGCCAGGUCGCUGUUGCCUAGAAACCAACCAGGAGGAAUUAGAUCAGAGCAACUGUCCCGGCCUCGGCGGCACAAGUCAGUGAGGAGAGGCUGGGUGACUUACGGAUAGGUUAGACAUAGCCGUGUGGCAAAGCAGGUGACGUCGGUAGAUCAGCGAGGGCUUUGUGCAGAUGCGUCUCUUUGGCUCCACUUUGCAAACGUGUGGAGUUGUCUUGUUGGACAUGCCAGACGUGGAUGCCGGGCUGGUGCACAGAGGUCAGGAUGGGCUAGCAGAGACGCAGGUCUGCCUGCAAGGGUCCUUCAAAGGCUGCGGACACUCAGGACCACCCCAGGACAGAUCAGAAAUAACCCUCUGAGGCAUGCGGAAGGCCAGCGGGACCCCCAUGCCUAAAUGAAUGGUCCCAAAAAUCUCCCCAGCAGUCGUGUUGCGGCGUGGGGUAAGUCACAGAGCAGUUACCAGUCAAGAGGACAAAGAGUGAGUAAAAUUCAGACCCAAGAUAUGUUCAAGGAAGGAAGGCAGAGUUGGGGCGCUGACCAAGGAGGCUUAGGAGGUGAGAUGCUCAGUGGAGGGUGUGCUGGAUAGAGAGAGGCUGGAAGCCUUGGUUGUGGGGCUAAGAAAACGUGUGCCUCUGUCCUAGCUUAGCGACAGCCGUGGGGCAGGGGUGACUACAGGCAAGGCUAUCCCAAUCCCAUCUUCCCCUGCCAGCUCUCCGGCUCUGCCAGGUGCCUGUCAAACCAGGCCAACUCAUCUCUAACACCAUCUGGUGGACACUUCACAGACUUUACCAACCUUGACUGCCUUCAGGCUUAAUUCUGUCAAGUGGGUUUCUCACGGGGAGGCAGCUGAUACAGAAAGCAAGCCUCUGAAUGAGCUCCCAAGGGUGAGGUAGAGGGUGUGGUGAGGCUCAUACCCAGGCCAGCCCCACACCUCCCCUCAGAUCAAACCACCCAUUUCGGUCCUGCCUUGACCCGAGGAACCUGAGGGAAACCAGACUCUGGUGACUCCCUCAAGCUGACCCUACCCUCGGUCUCCAAGGGCAACGACCAGAUAGGUGUGGACGGGAAGCUGUACCAUCUGAACCCACAGAGACUCUGCCCGCUCUGUGGGGAAGGCCUGUCUGCAGGCAGUCUUUUCACUCUGGGGCAUGAGCUGUCCGAGGAGGCUGGUCCACCAGCUAGCAGAGCACCGCUGAGGUGCUUGAGGGCUAGGAGAGGUCUCAGGGUCCCAAGGGGACAUGUCUGGGUGUCAGGGACACCUGAACCCAGCCCAGUAGAUGUUGGCGGUGCUUCGCAGGUAGAGACAAAGAGGUUUAUCAGGCGAGGUCGAGGGAUGGUGGGGGGUUAAUUGGGAGAAGGGCCCGGGGUGUGUGUCUGGAGAGGAUGGUAGGCCAUCAGCAGGAAGGGGAGGAGGCCAGCUGGGGAGACGAUGCUGACUGUAAUGUCUGCAGGGUGUCCGAGGAGGGACCUGUUGAAGGGACAGAUGGUGGGAAGACCAAGGCAGUCCCUUGGAAGACACAGUGGGUGUAAGGGCAAGUAGCCAGGCACCCCCUCGGGGUGUGCGGGGCACAGCGGGGUGAGCCGUCUGGCUCAGCCCCUCCAUCCUAGCUGCCUCGCAAGGUCUUGCUUUAAUGAGCAGUGGUGAGCUUCCCUCCCCCCAUGUGGGAACAGGCAUGGCUCUUAUCUCUCUGGGGGAAGGGGAGAGGGGUGGAGCCACAGCUGGCAGUUAUUAAACACCCCGCUCCGGCCAGGGAUGGCCGGGAUAUUAAUAGCCCCGGGAGUCAUUGACUCUGAAGACAGAAUAACUUCAGCCGGCCAGAGGGAUGCGUCAGGAGGCCAUCUUGGCAAUGCCCCAGCCUCUGCACAGGGCAGACGGGACAGCCGAAAUCCAGAGAAGGGAGUCGUUGUAGAGGAUGGUGUUGAGCCCGGCUCUCCAAAUCCCACAGUCGUGCCUCAGAGAUCCUGUAUGUUGUCAAACACUGGAUCGUCAAACGUUGGAUUGUCUGGGUGUGCCCUACCUGGACAUGCGAGACGAGACGAGCCAGCCGGCAGUCCCGAUUCUGUCUUCACAUGUUGUCCACAUGUAUUUUUUGCAUUAAUUUUGAUAUUUUAAGAUACCGCAUUAAAAUGUUACUCACCUUG